CCCCGCUCCACGGAAGUAAAAAAUCGGUACUGCAACGACCACCAGCUGGACCCUUCUCCCACCCAACCAAGCACAGCUGAACCACCUCAAGCAAAGCACUCACACAGUUACAAACUUGCCAGAAGGCUCCUUGUCUCUUCCACCCCAGAAAUUUCCGCCUCUACCGGCCAUCAGUCAAAAUGGACAGGUUCGAGAUGUGCGAUGUUUGGGCUGAUAACUUGGACAGUGAGAUGGCUAUCAUCAGGGACCUCGUGGAGUAUUAUCCAUACAUCGGAAUGGACACCGAAUUCCCUGGGGUUGUUGCUCGACCUAUCGGUACUUUCAAAACCCCAUCUGAUUAUCAUUAUCAGACCCUGCGCUGCAACGUGGACCUCUUGAAGAUCAUCCAACUUGGCCUCACUCUGUGCGAUGAGAACGGGAGAAAACCAGAAGGGAAAUGCGUGUGGCAAUUCAACUUUCGCUUCAACCUCAACGAGGAUAUGUAUGCGCCUGACUCGAUCGAACUUCUUCAGGCCUCUGGGCUCAAUUUCAAGCGACAUGAAGAACAAGGAAUCGACCCGGAAUACUUUGGCGAACUGCUCAUCUCAUCUGGUCUCGUUUUACUCGAAGACGUCAAGUGGAUCAGUUUCCACUCCGGAUACGACUUUGGCUAUAUCCUUAAGAUGGUCACCCUCGUCAACAUGCCCGUAACUGAGAACGAAUUCUUCGAUCUCUUGAAGACUUGGUUCCCUUGUAUCUAUGAUAUCAAAUUCUUGAUGAGAAGCUGCAAAAGUCUCCGGGGCGGGUUAAACGAGGUGGCCAAAGACCUCAACGUUGUUCGCAAAGGAAAGGAGCACCAAGCAGGCUCGGACUCGCUUUUAACAGCGGACACGUUUUUCAGUCUCCGGGCCCAAUAUUUCGACAAUGAACUAGAUGACGGGAAAUUUUUGGGACAAAUCUAUGGGCUAGCGUCGUCUGGCCAAGCGCAAUUUUCUCGCGAGAUGACACCGUCACUUGCGGAUGAUCCACUUGGCUUCCCGAUCGAUCCGAUCCCGACGCCGCAAGCGACGGUCACACCUUCGUCCUCCUUAGUCCGUCGCCAAGUCCUCCCUCCUCGCCAUCAUCUCUCCAACCCGCAAGAACCUGGCCCCCGAGCGAGCAGCGCUGUCAGCAUCAAAAACCCCAACGCGCCUAACGGCUCAGACGGUGCAACGAACCCAUUCGCGCCUUACCGAGCCGGUAGUCCUGCGGUCCGUUAAUGCCUCUCUUCUCCCCACCACUGUCGAAUCUAUCGAUCUUUGCUCUUCCGGCCCCCGCACCACUAUCUGCUAGGUAUCUUCUCCUCCUGGGUACCACUCGUCAGUGGUUAGUAACAAGUGGGAGAACCCCGCACCGAUUCCUGAUCUGGUGUGAAGUUGAAGACCCCCUGUUUUCAUUGCUACAUGUCCAAGCCAGCCUCUUGCCCAACCUCCUUUAAUAGCUGCCAGUCACCCUUUCACAUUUUGCUGUCAUCAACACCAUCAGGUCUGCAUAGAUUGUGUAUCUUUUCUUUUGUUGUUGAUAAGGAUAUGGGCGAUGUUUUUUCUCUCAAUCUCUUUUGAACAAAGGCACCAGCUUUUGAGACCCUCUCUUCUCCUCUUCUCAUUCACUCCCUCCUUUCUACAUGUGAUGGUGUGUUAGCUUCCAAAUCAUGCAAUGCCACAACAACAUAUUUGGAUUAAAGAAAAAAUAAUGAGAAAUGGACAUCAUG